CGCGCGUCUUAUAUAUCUUCUUCAUUUGAGUAGAAGUUAAAUUUAUAUAUAUAUAUAUAUAAUAUACACAUAUAUAUUAUAUCCUGAUGUGGAAGCUAAGGGUUUCAGUGGGAGAGGAGGAUCCAUGGUUGAAGAGUGUGAAUGAGAACAUAGGAAGGCAAUACUGGGAGUUUGAUGAGAAUGAUGAUGAUGACUCCUCAACGUCUCAACUCCAACAUCUUCGCCAAAACUUUCAUCUCAAUCGCUUUCACACCAAACAUAGUUCUGAUCUUCUAAUGAGGCUUCAGUUUGAAAGGGAAAAUAAUAAUAAUAAGCAAUUGCCCAUGAACAUAAGAGGAGUUAAGGUGGAAAGGGAAGAAGAAAUAAGCGAGGAAGCAGUGAAAAUCACGCUGAGAAGAGCGUUAUCGUUUUAUUCCAGUUUGCAAACUCAAGAUGGUUUCUGGCCCGGUGACUAUGGUGGUCCUCUGUUUCUUCUACCCGGACUGGUUAUUGGAUUGAGUGUGACGGGUGCGCUUAAUGUGAUCUUACCACAUGAGCACCGACAAGAGGCAUGUCGCUACCUCUACAAUCAUCAGAACGAAGAUGGAGGAUGGGGACUACACAUAGAAGGGAAAAGCACCAUGUUCUGCACUGGCCUAUGCUACGUAGCACUGCGGUUGCUGGGAGAACACAUGGACCUCCACCCGAUCCAUAAAGCCAGAUCAUGGAUCCUCACCCAUGGUGGCCUUACCUAUAUUCCUUCUUGGGGGAAAAUGUGGCUCUCGGUACUUGGGGUAUAUGAAUGGAGUGGAAACAAUCCAUUACCUCCAGAGCUAUGGCUUCUUCCAUACACUUUAAAUCCCCUCCAUCCAGGACGAAUGUGGUGUCACUGUAGAAUGGUGUAUCUGGCCAUGUCAUAUUUAUAUGGAACCAGGUUUGUGGGUGCUAUCAAUUCCUUAGUUUUGUCUCUUAGGAAGGAGCUUUAUACUCUUCCUUAUCAUCUAAUUGACUGGGACCACUCUCGCAACCUUUGCUAUAAGGAGGACUUGUAUUAUCCGCAUCCAAUGAUACAGGACAUACUAUGGGGUUGCUUGCAUAAGAUUGGAGAACCAAUUCUGAUGAGUUGGCCUUUCUCUAAGCUAAGACAGAGGGCUCUUCACACUGUCAUGCAACAUAUUCACUAUGAAGACCAAAACACUAAUUACGUCUGUCUUGGCCCCGUCAACAAGGUAUUAAACAUGAUUUGUUGUUGGGCAGAGGACCAAAAUUCUGAUGCCUACAAAUCUCAUCUUUCCCGAAUUAAAGAUUACCUUUGGCUGGCUGAAGAUGGUUUGAAAAUGCAGGGAUAUAAUGGGUCUCAACUGUGGGAUUGUGCUUUGGCUGUUCAAGCCAUAAUGGCAACCCACUUGAAGGAGGAGUACAGUUCAAUGCUUAAGAAAGCUCACUACUUCAUCAAAAAAACACAAAUAAGAAAAAACAGUUGGGGCAAUGUAAGUGAGUGGUAUCGCCACAUUUCAAAGGGAGGAUGGACCUUCUCAACUCCUGACAAUGGUUGGCCUGUCUCUGACUGUACUGCCGAAGCUAUGAAGGCAGCUCUCUUACUAUCAGACAUGCCUUCUGACAUGGUGGGAGAAGCCAUAGCGGCGGAUCACCUUAAGGAUGCUGUUCAUCUUAUUUUAUCUUUACAAAACAAGAAUGGAGGGUUUGCAACCUAUGAACUCACAAGAUCCUACGCUUGGCUAGAGAUGAUAAAUCCAGCUGAAACAUUUGGAGACAUCAUAAUCGAUUACCAGUAUGUGGAAUGUACAGCAGCAGUGAUCAAAGGUCUAAAGUCAUUCACAAAGAAAUACAAAGAAUACAGAAAGAAAGAGAUUGAAGAAUGUAUAAGAAAGGCAGCUGAGUUCAUAGUGAGUAGACAAGAAGACGAUGGGUCAUGGUAUGGGUCAUGGGGAGUGUGCUACACCUACGCUACUUGUUUUGCCCUAAAAGGAUUGGUGGCUGCUGGGCACUCCUACCAUACAGCUCAUUCCAUAAGAAAAGCUUCUCGUUUCUUGCUCUCCAAGCAACUCCUGUCGACUGGGGGUUGGGGAGAAAGUUAUCUUUCAUGCCAAAAUAAGGUGUACACAAAUUUAGAAGGAGGUAAACCACACUUGGUAAACACUGCAUGGGCCAUGUUGGCUCUCAUCGAAGCUGGACAGGCCGAGAGAGAUCGCACACCCUUGCAUCGAGCAGCAAAAUUGUUGAUAAAUUCACAAAUGGAAAAUGGAGACUUCCCACAACAGGAAAUUAUGGGAGUGUUCAAUAGAAAUUGCAUGAUCAGCUAUUCUGCCUAUAGAAACAUAUUCCCCAUAUGGGCCUUGGGAGAGUACUUCACUCGGGUUUUGUUGCCAUCUUUUGAGAAUAAUUUAUUGUAAAAGUUAUUGUGUAUUGAUAGUCUUUCUUAUUAAGAUGAAAUGUAUCAAUAUUUCAAUUAAACUAAAACUCAUCAAUCUGUAUGUAAUAUGAGUAUAUAUGGUGUAUCUAUAUCUUGAUAAAUCAAUUGGUGACGCAUUGUUGUUUA